AUGCUAUGGCGUACUUUGCCGUCGCCAUGGCGUCCAGGAUGUCCUGGUCCGGCUCGAUACCGCGACCUCGAUAAAUGGUUCAGUCGACUACGGCAUGUGCCUCAUUCGCGCAGCAUCCGGUUGCUGCACGAAGAUCGAUCCAAGUCGGCGGCGGUUUCUCCUGUCCCUCCAUCUGUGCGUUAUGCACAGCUUUUGAACAAUCCUGGAAAACAUGAAACGCAUCAGAUCAAGAUCACCGGCCUGGUGCGCAGCGUGCGCAAGCAGAAAAAGGUGGCAUUCGCUCGCAUCGCAGAUGGCUCUACACUAGCAACCGUGCAAGCUGUUUUCCCAGACCCAGCUUUGGCCAAAGAUAUAACAAACGGUGCCUACGUUACCUUGACUGGCAACUGGGUCCGGUCCGCCGGCGCCGGCCAAACUCAUGAGUUGCAAGUGCAGAGCAUAGACUCAUUAGGGGAAAGCAACCCUCUUGAAAAUCCUAUCCAGAAGCAAUCCAUGUCUGUGGACUUUCUGCGAAGUAUCCCCCACCUGCGAAUACGGACAUCAUUCCAAUCCCUGGUUGCUCGUACACGGAGCCAUUUGACCUAUGCCAUUUCUUCACAUUUUCACAAUCCCACGGAGCCGGUGUAUCAAGUUCAUCCGCCGUUGAUCACCUCGUCGGACUGCGAAGGAGCUGGGGAAGUGUUCACAAUAGCACCACGGAGCAAAGAACGAGUGCCCGGUUCGAACCCGAAUGCUCCCAAAGACGAGGAGCGACUAUAUUUCCGGGACCCCAAGUACCUAACAGUCUCUUCCCAGCUCCAUCUCGAAGCGUACGCGGCUGAGCUGGGGGAUGUAUUUGCAUUUUCGCCAACAUUUCGUGCCGAGGAAAGUGACACUCCGCGCCAUCUGGCCGAGUUUUACAUGCUGGAGGCCGAACACCGGGACAUCGACCUUGAGGGGCUAUUAGCGAAAGUCAGGGCUCUUAUUGUCGACCUUGUGGAAUCUCUUCGAGCCCACCGAACUGGAAGGGAGCUUGUAGAGUACUAUACAGACCACAAGCACCGGGCUCAAGACAUUGAUGCGGUCGAUUUGCACGAGCGAUGGGAUCGGCUUUCCGGCCCUUGGCGCACGGUGGACUAUACUACUGCUGUCAAGGCGCUCGGUGAGGCGCAUGAGUCGAGCGGUGGAAAAUUGUUUGCCACCCCUCCGCGCUGGGAUCAGGGACUGCAGCUCGAGCAUGAACGCUGGAUUGUCGAGAACAUUGGGAACGGCAGCCCGAUCUUCGUAACUCACUAUCCGAAAGACAUCAAGCCGUUCUAUAUGUUGCCAUCGUCUAUGUCUCCUUCCAACCAGGACCCUGGCAAAGUUCAGUCGACUUCGUCACCAGACAGUCGGGAAACCGUUGCAUGUUUUGACCUCCUCCUUCCCUACGGGUACUGCGAGGUCGUCGGUGGUAGCCUCAGGGAACACCGUCUGGAACCCUUGAUCCAAGCCAUGCGUGAAAAUGGACUCGUCAAGAAAGUGGACCCGCCAAACAGUGAUCCUUACCCUUUUCUUGAACCAGGAGAGAGCUUGGGUAGCAUGAAGUGGUAUGCUGAUCUUCGACGAUUUGGGAGCAGCCCUCAUGGAGGUUAUGGUCUUGGUUUCGACCGGUUGCUGGCCUAUCUCACGGGUGUGAGCAACGUCAGGGAAGUGGUCGGGUUUCCGAGGACAUGGGGAAGGGCUGAUUUUUAG